GAGAGAUUUGCCCUGAGAUUUCUACUCUCCGGUUUCACUGAAUCUCAUUCAGACUGUAGCGAGAACCUGAGAGGGUUAAACACAGGAAUCUGAAGUGCUGUUUAUCUUUUAGUAAAGAGAACUUCCGUACUUUCAUUUCUUGCUCCUGCUUUCUGCAAUGGCGUCGGCUGCUGAUCUGAAAGACGAGCUGAGCUGCUCCAUCUGCCUGAGCAUUUAUACUGAUCCUGUAUCCCUGCCGUGUGCCCAUAACUUCUGCCGGGGCUGUAUUGGGACAACAUGGGACACCCAGGAGGGAUCUGGGGCUUAUUCCUGCCCUGAAUGCAGACAGGAGUUUAAGGAGCGCCCUGCCCUGCCCAGGAACAGAACUCUGGGGAACAUAGCAGAGCGAUUCCUUUCUGCUCAGCCCGAGCCGGGGGAGACUGGGAUUCCCUGCACCUACUGUGACUCCCAUGUACCUGCUGUUAAAUCCUGUCUGCACUGUGAGGCUUCUCUGUGUAAUAAGCACCUGAGGGGGCACAGCAAGUCAGCAGAACAUGUACUGACCCAACCCACCACUUGCUUCAUGGAGAGAAAAUGUUCUGUACACAAGCGGAUCCUGGAGUAUUACUGCUGCGAGGCCUGUAUAUGUGUGUCCUGCUGUCUGGCCGGAGAGCACAGUGGCCACAAGGUGGAGCUGCUGAGUGAGGCCUCUGAGAAGAAGAAAGAGAAACUAAAAAAUGUGAAACUGGGGAAGCUGAGCCCAGAGAGAGAGGGGAUUGAAAGUAGAGCCCAGAGACUGCAGGAGCGCAGGAGAGAAGUCCAGGAAAGGGCAGACAGUGAGACAGACCUUGUCGCUGGCAUCUUUAGGGAGAUCAGGGAACAGCUGGAAGCCCUGGAGAAGCAGGUUCUGAGUGACAUCUCCAGCCAGAGAGAUGUGGUUUUACUCCAAUUAUCUGAUCUAAUCCACCAGCUGGAAAUAAAGAAGGACGAGCUGACCAGGAGUAUCAGUCACAUUGAGGAGCUGUGCAACAUGGCAGAUCCACUCACUGUCCUACAGGAACGGGAAUCACAUGGAGCUGACUUUUGUGGGGAUGAGUGGGAAAAUUACAAGGGAAAGGAGCCAGGUGAUAGAGAAGAACUGGAUGUGGCUCUGAUCUCUUUAUUCACUGGUUUAGAAAGGAUUGUGGCAGAGGUAAAAGAAAGGUGUAGCUAUGGGCAGGGGGAUACAGACCUGUUAUUGGAUAUAAACACAGCCCUUGAUAAUGUAUCAAUAUCCACAAACAUGAAAUGUGCCUCCUACUCACAGAUACGCCAAAAUUACCCACAAUCCCAGGGGAGAUUUCAGCACUACGCUCAGGUUUUAGGCACCAGGAGUUUCCACUCAGGACAACAUUACUGGGAGGUGGAGGUCAGUAAAUUUGGCUGCUGGGGUGUAGGGGUGACCUAUCCCAGAAUAAAGAGGAAAGGAAACCAGUCCUGCAUUGGGAACAAUAACAAGUCCUGGUGUUUGCAAAGGUGGGAUAAUAAAUACUCUGUACGACAUGACAGUAAAAUUAGCAGUUUAACUCAUAUUCCAUCUUGCAUGAAAAUCAGGAUCUGGUUGGAUUAUGAGUCCGGACGUCUGUCCUUUUAUGAGAUGAGUGAGCCAAUCAGACACUUGCACACCUUCUCUGGCUACUUCUCUGAGCCGCUCUAUCCUGCAUUCAGGGUAUGGGGUGGUGGUGCCUGGGUGAGGAUAAUUAGUUAGUGCACAUUGUAGGGUUACCAGGCAAAUGUGAUUGUUGCACUGGGAUCACGUCCUGUGAGACUGAAACAAAAACAUCAAAAAUCAAAGAUGAAACCAUCAGAGGUGACAUUACACUACUAACCCCCCCCCCAGACAUUCACCACCCUCCCUCCACAUCCCCAGUCUCUUCUGUGCUCCUUCUCCCCUGUGACUGAUCAAAACUGUCUCAAAACAUUUGGCUUCCUCUCACCUUACUACCUGCCCACUUCCAAACUUCUCCCCAAUACCAAUCCUUGUCUAAUCAAAGCCUUAUUUUGUCUAUAUAAUAUCUUGCUCUCAACUGGACUGUUUCCUUCUUGACUAAAACAUGCUCUUGUCACCUACAUUCUGAAAAAACCCUCUCUUGA